AAUUAUUUGAAACUUUUGUUUGUUAACAGUAUGAAUAUUCUUGGAUGGACAAUUAUGGUUGCUAUGGGAGCUAAUGCGGCAACAAGGCUUGAAUCUAACUAUGAUUUUGUUAGGGUGUCUAAUGAACUUGGGGCAGGUCAUCCAAGGACAGCAAAGUUUUCUGUUGUUGUAGUUGUUAUAACUUCAUUCUCAAUAGGUGUUCUCCUUUCUCUUAUUUUGAUAAUUACAAGGAAGCAAUAUCCAUCUGCAUUUACAAAUAGUAAUGAUGUGAAAAGAGUGGUUUAUGCUCUCACUCCAUUGCUUGCAAUAUCUAUUGUAGUCAAUAAUGUUCAACCCGUUCUCUCAGGUGUGGCCAUUGGAGCAGGAUGGCAAGCGUUGGUUGCAUAUGUGAACAUUGGUUGCUAUUAUAUAUUUGGUAUUCCCCUAGGCCUUAUGAUGGGUUAUAAGCUUGAAAUGGGAGUUCGGGGCAUUUGGUAUGGAAUGUUAUCAGGCACUAUGGUACAAACACUAAUCCUAUUCUGGAUGACUCAUCGGACAAAUUGGAACAAAGAGGCUUCAAUGGCUGGGAUAAGGAUAAAGAGAUGGGGUGGUGAACCAGAAGUGAAGACAACGCUUUAGAGAAGUAAAAUAGUGGGCAAAAUACGGCACACGGCCGGUAGCCUUCAGGAGUUCUCUUUAAAGCUUUAAUUAUUUUAUUUCUAGGAGUAGCAAACAAUGUUUAACAAACUUUUCAUUCCGAAUUCUCGAAAAGGAACAACUUCCAAGUAUCAUUACUUGUAGAUUAUGUAUUGCUUAUUAACUAUGAUUUUUUGGUAUCAAUAACUUGAGAUUUUUUGGACUUAAUUGAUG